AUGCGAGUGAAUCGGAUUUUCGGAAAAAAUAAGGUUCUACGAUAUUUUGCGGGCGCAGGCGUCUUUUAUUGUGUCGCUCAUACCAUAGCUCGUCAUGUGGGUGAGCUAGUGAUUUGCUCCGGACCUUCAAUGCACCCUACGAUUCACGAUGGUGAUCUGGUCCUGGCUGAAAGGCUAAGUGUGAACACUGGAAAUAUACAUCGCGGUGAUAUUGUUGGAUGUUUGAGUCCUCACGAGCCGGAACAGUUAUUAUGUAAAAGGGUGGUUGCUAAGGAAGCCGAUUCCGUUGAUUCACCUCUUUUGCCGAACUCGCGAGUACCACGUGGGCAUGUGUUUCUACAGGGUGAUAACCCUAUGGCUUCUACAGAUUCACGGCAUUUUGGUCCUGUUCCAUUAGGACUGGUUCAAAUUCGACUUAGUCUUCGUAUAUGGCCAGUCUCCAGGUUCGGCUGGCUGUCAGAUCACUGUCAUUUUCGGAAUCCUGAAAAUAAAUCUUGA